AGGCCGCCCGGCAGCUGGCGAGGCUGGCGCAGCGCACGGGGCGCGGGAGCCGCGCGGGCCGGAGCGGAGCGCGCUCACAGUCCGCCCGCCUCCGCUCCGCCUCCGUCCAGGGCGCGGGCGAGGUGGCCGGGGCGGGGGAGCGCAGGGGGCAGGGCCGCGGCGGCGAGGCCGGGGGGCGGGGAGGAGCAGGUCCGAUAAAAAUCGGCUCGGCGGCCCCACCCCGCGGCAGGCAGGCGGGCAGGCUUGGCGCGUGUCUUCCGUCCGGCCCGCGCCGGCGGCGGGGAGGCGGCGCGCGGCCCGCAGCCAGCCCAUGGAGGCUUUCCCCUGGUCGCCCCGCCGCGGCCGCGCCCCCGCGCCCAUGGCGCUCGUGCCCAGCGCCCGCUACGUGAGCGCCCCGGGCCCGGCGCAUCCGCAGCCCUUCAGCUCCUGGAACGACUACCUGGGGCUCGCCACGCUCAUCACCAAGGCGGUGGACGGCGAGCCGCGCUUCGGCUACGCCCGCGGUGGGAACGGCGGCGGCGGCUCCCCGCCCUCCUCCUCCCACUCGUCCUGCUGCUCCCCACACGGGGGAGCCGGGCCCGGGGCGCUGGAGCCAGCGCUGGGACCGCCCGACUACGACGAAGACGACGACGACGACAGCGACGAGCCGGGGUCCCGGGGCCGCUACCUGGGGGGCGCGCUGGAGCUGCGCGCACUGGAGCUCUGCACUGGCCCCGCCGAGGCCGGGCUGCUGGAGGAGCGCUUCGCCGAGCUGAGCCCGUUCGCGGGUCGCGCUGCCGCCGUGCUGCUGGGCUGUGCGCCCGCCGCCGCCACCGCCACCGCCACCACCACCACCACCGGCGAGGCGACGCCGCGCGAAGAGCGGGCCCCGGCGUGGGCGGCAGAGCCCCGGCUGCACGCGGCCUCCGGGGCGGCGGCCUCCCGGCUGCUGAAGCCGGAGCUGCAGGUGUGCGUGUUCUGCCGGAACAACAAGGAGGCGAUGGCGCUCUACACCACCCACAUCCUCAAGGGCCCCGACGGGCGAGUGCUGUGCCCUGUGCUGCGCCGCUACACGUGUCCCCUCUGCGGCGCCAGCGGCGACAACGCGCACACCAUCAAGUACUGCCCCCUCUCCAAAGUGCCGCCGCCGCCGCCCGCCCGCCCGCCGCCCCGCAGCGCCAGGGACUGCCCACCCGGUAAGAAGCUGCGCUGAGGACCCUGGCUCUCGGCUCCCCAGGGUCGCUACUGCCGCCCCUCGAACCGCUCGGUCUGCGCAGCAUCUCGCCCCUGGCUCAGCAGUCAGCUCGACUUGGGACGUCGUCCUGGUUUCUCAAAAGCAGCGACCGUGUGGAGUACUUUCGUGCGGAGCGGUUGGGACUAGACGCUGAAAUUCCCGUUUGUCUUCAGUUUCUAGUUUGCACAUCCAGAACGGCGAAGGCUGGGUGUGUAUUCCACUAACUGAAAUAUGGCAACAUAGAGGCGCUGUUUAUUUACUGUAUACGUCGACCUAUUUUAGAUGCGCGUCAGUAUGAAAUUGUCUCAAUCUAAUCUUGGAUGUUUCAUUUUAUGAAUGGAGGCACUUUACUAGGUCUAGAAUAUUUUUUUAAAAGCCUCUGAACUGAGCUUAAAACUGGCGAUUUUAUGAAAUGUCGGCAAAGUGACUAUUUUAUUGUUUGAAGCGAGUAAUACUCUUAGUUGUCCUUAAAAAUCAGUUACUCUAAUUCCAGAUGAAGCAAGCCCCUGGUAGCAUCACCCUUAUGAGAAGUGAAGGUUUUGUAAACUUUCCAGUAUUAAUUUGGGCGGGUAUUCCCUCCUUGUGGCUUGUUUCUGUCCUAGCUGGAGGUGUAAGAUGCACAGUCUGUAGCAGGUAGAAUACAGCUCCUUAUCAUUUUAUGUACCAGAUCUUUUAUUACUGAACUAGCAACUAGCCUUUUCCACCUUUAAAAGUUGUGCCAAGUCGUAAUCAUAUUGUGUAUAACUUGGAAAUGGUGCUGUUUAAAAAACUUGUGUAUUUAUACAGUAA